AUGUCAGAACUUGUGGUUCUACCGAGAACCACAUUCCGGCCGCCUUCUCCGCAGGGCCGGAGGAGGCCGGCUCGGACCCUUAAUCCCAUAAUGGAAGAGCCUGAGCAGACCAAGGACUUGUCUGCCGAACGGAGGAGGAGAGACAAGGAGUCGACAGACAAGAUCGAGCAGUGGCUGUCCCCCUUGAGCGAUCACUUCCCCACGCCGAGAGGUAUGCACUUUCUCGCUGCCCCGAUCUUGCCCGCUACCCCAUCGCAUCUGCCGAGCGACUGUGAGGCCGAUAUCGACAACGACGACGCUAGCUCCGAAACGUCGUCGUCAAAUCCAUCCCUCCACUGGAACAACGGCAGUGGGAAUAUCGGCAACGGCCGAGAAAGCAUAAUGACCGAUGUGACCGAGUUUGAUGACCUCUACGACGUUUCCGAUGACGAAAUUCGACGAAAGCAGUUUCUCCAAACGAAUGGAUUGGGCCGCCGGGGAAGCUCAAGGAGUUUCAGACGGAGCGCAAGGGCAUCCAUGGAGGCGCGGAGGUCUUUGACUCCUCUAGUAAUUCCCGGGGAGUCUGCAGCCGCAGCUGCGAAGAAAGUCAUCUCGCCGAUACCCCCAACACCGCCAUCCACAGUUGCCAUGUCGCCCGCCAUCAAGAAUUUGAUGGCGCUGCGGCAGACGCAGGAGAUUCCGCGCAUCUCUGCGCCCCCAUCCCUCGAUGGAAGCAUCAAUUCGGAAGAGAUGGCGGCAAUGUCUGCCCCUCCAACGCCCAUGAUUGGAGCCGAGGACAGCCCUGACGAAGAGUGGUCGGGGGUCCGCCUACAGCCGGGUGCCCUUGAAACCCUCCAGGCUCUGUCUGGCAGUGAAUCUGAAUAUGAUGAGGAGCCGCCACAGGUCAUAGAGGUACCACAGGAGAUGACUGAAAUGCGUCAGCAGCUUCCUCGCCUGAUGACUGGAGCCGGCCCGGCCCGCGCGCCUUCUCAACGACAAUCACUCUCGGAGCUGAGCAAGCUUGAGAUUCCGUCUCCUGGCGGCUUUUUCUCCGAGCUUUCAUCUGCGAGCCGGCGCACCUGGCACAUGGGCAGUCAGCCCGAUGACCAUAAUCCCCCAACCUCGACUACAGCGGAGAACUUCUACAAAACUCCAUGGAGUCGUCCUGCCGAGCGAGUCCCGCCACCCCCACCGCGGCCUCUACAUCUUGAUGAUUUGCCGUCCGCUAUAGUCGAGCGCGUCAUUGAGUUUCCCGAUAAUUCGAAGCAGGAAGACCCUCUAACGGCAAUCCGGGCUGAGUCGACUCCCAUUACAGCGAGAAAGAUUCCUGCUACUCCCAAGGUGCUAGAGGGAACAGCUUCCGAGGCCAUAGUUGAAGAACCGUCUUCUCCUGUCGAUGUUAACGAAAUCAUUGCCGAGUAUGUCUUGAAGCAGGAGGAAAGUGCUGUUUCGCACAUGCACCGUACCGAGAUGUGGCUGGCAGCGCAGCGAGCCUACUUCCGCGGCCUCCCAGGUUUGUCAGAAGAGAGCGACGACGUGGAAGACCCCGCCCAAGAAUCAGAGCCCGAGGACAAGCCUGAGGUCCCACCCAAGGAUUCGCCUGUUGAUACGGUACAAUACGAGCCGAAGAAAAAGACGGUUCGAUUCUCUGACGCGGUCCUCGAGGCGAGUAUACCCCGCAGCCUGCCCUCGAAGCUGGCUCGCCAGGAGUCCGCUUACUACCGUGCCUUCACCGAUGCGGCCGUGAGGACAUGUCCCAGUGAUGUCUUUGUCCAUCGACAGCCGCGCUUUGAGGCCCUCCAAGCUCAGCGCAUUUCGCUCAAGGACUUUCACCGCAACCAGCUACUCGGCAAGUUUCAACUCUCAGUAGUACCCCAGUCGGCCAAGAAGCGCAUGAGUACCAACGUGGUCCGUGGCGACGACAACAUCGUUGACGACCCGGAGAAGCUCCGCGCCGACAAGGAAGCCGAGGCACUCUCGCAGAUGAGCAUGGCUGCGUGGCACGUCGCCGCCACUAAGCUGCUUAACGGCGGCCGUCUCAUCUCAGCCCCUGUGGCCAAAAGGCUUGCCCGCCAGAGCUGCAUGGCACCUGGUGCUAACGGCAUCAGUCGCGAUCGCGCGCGUAUCUUGGACCUCUCUGGACAAGGCACGUGCGACUGGGCAUGGCAUGCCGCUUUUCAAUACCCCAACACUAAGAUCUACACGGUCACCACCAAGACCAUCCGCCAGCUCAGCAACAGCAACAUCCGCGGCCCGCCGAACCACCGGCAGGUCGCCGUCGAUUUCCUAGGCAGGUUGCCAUUUGCCGACGAUCAAUUUGAUCUGAUCUCGGCGCGGGAACUGCACGCCGUCCUCAAACUGUUCGGCGAAAACGGCAUCGACGAAUGGGAUGCUUGUCUCAAAGAGUGCAUGCGUGUGCUGAAGCCCGGAGGCUACCUCGAGUUUAGCGUCCUCGACGCCGACAUCAUGAAUGCAGGCCCGCUCGGCAACGCCAAGGCUGUUGAGUUUGGCUUUGCCCUGCAGACACUUGGCUAUGACCCCAACCCGACCCGUUCUUUCCUUGGGCGCCUAGCCGCCGCCGGGUUUGAGGAAGUCCGUCGCGCGUGGCUGUGUCUCCCGGUCGGUCCCAAGCGGCCGCCGCGCCCCAUCGUGUCUCCUGCCAGUUCCAGAGACUCGACCUCGGGCGCGUCGGUCAAGGUCCACCAGCUUGAGGCCAUUGUCUCCGGGUCGACCGAGAAUGUGGCUGCCAUCACUGGCAUCGCGGCGGGCUGGAGCUGGGAGAGAUGGCUGCUCCGCGCCGAGAUGGAGAAGGUUGCUGGCGAGCUCAGACUUGCCGAUACUGUCAACCCAGGGGAGGCGAUGCGCGAGGCUGGCAAGACAAUUGCCGAUGUCCACGCUGUCGUGGAGGAGGGCCGGGGUAUGGGGUCCAUGUUCCGCAUGCUAAAGGGGUACGCGAAGAAGCCGAAGCCGGUACCAGUGGUGGACGUGGACGCGGCGGAUCUGGACCGGAGCGGGUCCAUCAGGAUUUUCCUGGAUACUGCUUCGCUUAACGGAUGUUGA